CCUUCUUUUCCAUCGCGUUUCCGUAAGUGUGCUCCGCGUUUUUCCAAUUGGCUAUUUUUAUUUAUAAUAUCUUCAAUUGCAGCUAGGAAUUCCAGUGUGCGAAAAACUUUAAGAUGGCCAAGUCCAAGAACCACACAAAUCACAACCAGAACAAGAAGGCCCAUCGUAAUGGCAUCAAGCGCCCGCUGCGCAAACGCCACGAGUCCACUCUGGGUAUGGAUGUGAAAUUUCUGAUCAACCAGCGCUACGCACGCAAGGGAAACCUUUCCCGCGAGGAGUCCGUGAAGCGCUACAACGAGCGCAUCGCUUCCCAGAAGGGCAAGCCAAAGCCUGUUACUCUGUAGAUGAUUGCCCCGCGUGUGGAUAAUUAAAGGACAAUUCAGUUUAAC